GGUUGGAACUCGGUUUCAAUUGUGAAUCUUGACUAUUCUCCAUACUAGUUGUAUAAUUGUAGAAUAUCACAAAACUUUUCAAAUAUCAAAUUCUUGUAAUGGUAAAAUAGUAAUAACAAUAAUACUUAUCUCACACACACACUCGUAAACAUUUAUAUGAAAAGUUCUUAACAUCUGUUGUAGAACAUAGUAUAUUCUAAAAGCGGUUAUGUGAAUUAAGUUUGGCAAACAUAAGGCUUUCAUGGGCUAAACUUAUGCAGUGUGGAAAGACAGUAGGCAAUAGUAGUUAGCAGAUGAAUAGUAGUUAGAGGAUGAAUGCCCUUUCUAAUUUAAAACACUAUACGUAUGCAAGAGCUGAUCUAAAUAAUAAUUUUACAACUUAGAACCUGCCACCAAAACAGAUCUGCAGAUCUGCAGACUAAAGGAAACCCACAAAUGAUGCAUUUUAAACUAUAAGGGUCUGCAUUCAACUAAGAGAUGACAAAAAUGAAAGAAAAGAAUGAGUUUAAGUAAAGGAGAUGCUGUGAAACCGAGCUAAAAUGUAAGUUUCAAGGAAGAAAUUAAACAGAAAAAUGGUUCACGUGGAAUUGCUGGAGCAAUCAUUUGGGUGAAAAAAAAAGACAGAAUGAGAAUUAUUGGGAGGCACAGAAAAUCUCAGUAGCCCUAGUAUGUGAGGAAAGACAAAUUGAAGAAGGGGCUACAAGACUUCAAAAUUUACCAACACACAAAGCCCUGCCAUCCUCCUUUAUGAAACGAGAUCAUCAUUCCAUUCUAACAAUACCAUUAUAGCUAGCUCUCAUCAGACUGUGCUAAACAUUUAACAUUUUGUUUAUUGUUGUAAAAAUGUAUUAUUUCAUUGAAUUUUCAAAAUAAUGCCUUGAGGUUGAUCUCAUUAAUAUUUUCAUUCUGCAGGUAAAAUAAACAAGGUUCAGGGAAGUUAGUCUGGGACCGAUGCUGCCUAAGUAGUAAAUGGUAGGGCUGAUAUGCACCUCUUCCCAAUCCCAAGCUCUAUAUCUGAUGCUGCCUUCCCCUCAGAAUUGCCUUUGCUGGUUGUACAUUUCUCUACUUCUCCAGCUGUCCUGAGACCCUUAAUGUGCAUUUUCCUCUCACUUACCUCACUGUGAAAUCUGCCUAAGUUUGCACCAACAAAGACAAUGAGUAAUUGUAAAUUGCUUCACAUUCAAUUUGAUUUAGAUUCAAUUUAGACCAUUGAACUUGAGAACAACUCUCCUGAGCCAGAAGAUAGGCUUGACUAUUCACUCUUGUGUAUAUAUGAAUAAAUGACUUAAUCUUGUGAGCCUCACAAAUUAAAUAAACGCAAUAACUAAUCAACCUCAUUAUAUUGUUGAGAGGAAUCAAUAUACAUACAAAUUUCCUAGAGCAGUUCCCAGUAUGUGAGCAACAUAAAUAUAUAAAUUUUACUGGAUUAGGGAAAACGGAAUUGGCAGAAAAAUUAGUUCCAGAUGCGUCAUCUUGGACACAUCAUUAAAUAUACUACAUAGCAGUUUAUAAAUUUAUAAAAUGGAAACAUUUGGGAUAUUAUUUAUAAAGAUCCCCUGGAUUCAACAGAUUGCAACUGUGUAGAUAAUGCAUUAAAGAUUGUUAUUAAGCCUAUGCUUUAGAUCUAUAGAAUUUUGAAGUAUGAAUUGUUGCUCUAAUUACAUAAGGCAUAUAGUAUUUAUACAUUUCUAAAUCUCUUUUUUGUUUAUCACUCUAUUGCUUUAUUUCUCAUUGCUACAGGACAUCUUAUGAUUUCCUGAUAAUACCGAUGGAGAAUUGUACAGAAAUGACAAAGUUCAUACUUCUAGGACUAACCAAUGCCCCAGAACUACAGGUCCCCCUCUUUAUCUUGUUCACCUUCGUCUACCUCCUCACUCUGUGUGGGAACGUGGGGAUGAUGCUACUGAUCCUGAUGGACUCUUAUCUCCACACCCCCAUGUACUUUUUCCUCAGUAACCUGUCUCUGGUGGACUUUGGAUACUCCUUAACUGUCACUCCCAAGGUCAUGGCUGGGUUCCUUAGAGGAGACAAGGUCAUCUCCUACAAUGCAUGUGCUGUUCAGAUGUUCUGCUUUGUAGCCUUGGCCACUGUGGAAAAUUACUUGUUGGCCUCAAUGGCCUAUGACCGCUAUGCAGCAGUGUGCAAACCCCUACACUACACCACCACCAUGACGGCCAGUGUAUGUGCUCGUCUGGCCCUAGGCUCAUAUGUCUGUGGCUUCCUAAAUGCCUCAUUCCACAUUGGGGGCAUAUUCAGUCUCUCUUUCUGUAAGUCCAAUGAAGUCCAUCACUUUUUCUCUGAUGUUCCAGCAGUCAUGGCUCUGUCUUGCUCUGAUAAACACAUUAGUGAGGCGAUUCUGGUUUUUAUGUCAAGCUUUAAUAUCUUUUUUGCUCUUCUAGUUAUCUUUAUCUCCUACUUGUUCAUAUUCGUCACCAUCUUGAAGAUGCAUUCAGUUAAGGGACACCAAAAAGCGUUAUCCACCUGUGCCUCUCACUUCACUGCAGUCUCCAUCUUCUAUGGGACAGUCAUCUUCAUGUACUUGCAGCCCAGCUCCAGCCACUCCAUGGACACAGACAAAAUGGCAUCCGUGUUCUAUGCUAUGAUCAUCCCCAUGCUGAACCCUGUGGUCUACAGCCUGAGGAACAGAGAAGUCAAGAAUGCAUUCAAGAAAGUGUUGAGAAGGCAAAAAUUUCUAUAAGAUUGGAAUUUUAACACUGUUGUAUACACAAAAAUGUUUCACUCAUCUCAGACCUUCCUCACGCAAUGAGUUACAUUUGAAACCCCACAAUACAUUUAAGUUCAUGAGGUGAUAUUCUUACCUCUUUAGAAGUCAAUUAUGUAAUAAAAAUAAAACAUUCUCAGAAAUGUAACACCUGAACGAGGAAGGCUAAAGGGAAAUGUUAGGAUUUUUGGAACUUGCUGGUCAAAUCUUACUAAUGACAUAUGGUUCACUCACUUGUUCCAUUUGCAUUUUCUCUACCACAUUCCAAUGCAAACAUACUUGUUAAACAGGGACACCAGCAAGCCCACAAAAAUGUAUAUGUUUAUGCCUUUGUGGGCACAUAGGCAUUAGAAGGAGAAAUUUACUCAGAAGUAAGUGGAGUGUGGCUAGUUUUUAUAUAAAGGACUUAAGUAAUUAAUUUAGUAUUAUAGUAUAAAUUUAUUUUUGAAUAGACUUUUCAAGAACAGUUUUAUAUUCACAUUAAAAUGGAGAGGUAAAUACAGAGAUUUCCCAUAUACCUUCUGCCCCCACAUACAUAUACCCUCGCUCAUUGUCAAUAUCCUCCAACAGAGUGCUACAUUUUUUUACAAUUGAUGAACCUACAUUGACUCAUCAUUAUCAUCCCAAGACCGUAGUUUACAUUAGGAUUCACUUUUGCUGUUGUCCCUUCUAUGGAUUUGGACAAAUGUACAAUGACAUGUAUUUAUCAUUAUAGUAUCAUAUUGAGUACUUUCACUGCUCUAAAGCACUUCUAUGCUCUGCUUAUUCAUUCUUCCUUCUUCCCUUACC